GAUCCUUUGCUGCUUCCUCACCCCCAUCGCUCCUGCUGAGGUGUCCUCUCUCUGGCUUCUCCUCCCAGGACCCUGUGCAACCAUUGCGCUAAAUUGUAACGAUUCUCUCCUGGACAUUGUAGGAAACUGGAUUCUCUAAGAGAGUUGUUACUGCAUAGCCAGUCUGGCUUCAUCUCUUUUCAUCUUUGAGAUGGUACCCGUGAACAAAGCACACUGAGUCAGAUUUGGUGUGGGAGUGCCCCAGCGUGACCUGUUCACUGCUGAAUGCCCAGCACCUGGCACACUGUCGGCCUGGCGAACCGUGGAUCAUCUGAAUAAAUAAAUGCUGAAUGAAUGAUUUCCUCACCCCCAUCCAGAAGGAGGCGGGAGUCACAAUCAGGGCACAUCCUGGAUAUAGAUGGAGAGGGCGUGCCAAUGCUCGGCGCUCCCGGGAGAGGGCGCUGCAGGGCGGCGGGGCGGGAUAGCUGGGGGCGGGGGGCGUCCGAGGAUGGAGGGCAAAGUGUCGGGCUUGCCCGGGGACCCUGCGCCGCGACUUUGCGCGAAAUUUUACUUUCGUUUUGGGCCAGGCAGGAGGCGGCGGGGCCGUCCCGGAACGACUGCGGCCGGGCGCCCAUAGAGUUAAUCCGAAAGCGCCGCAAGCCCCGCGGGCCAGACUCCACGUGUCACCGAGAAGCUGAUGUAGAGAGAGACAGAGAGAAAGAAAGCAAGAGACCAGAGUCCCGGGAAAGUCCUGCCGCGCCUCAGGCAAUUAUAAAAAAUGUGACCCUCUGGGUCAGCCUCCCAACCACAGCCCUCACCUGCGGCGUCCGUCCGUCUGCGUCCGACUGCCAGCUCGGUGUCCCCGCAGCGCCGCUCAGCAUGUGCCCACCGCGCAGCCUCUUCCUCAUGGCCACCCUGGUCUUCCUAAAUCACCUGGACCACCUCAGUUUGGCCAGGAGCCUCCCCACAACCACAGCGGGCCCAGGAAUGUUCCAGUGCCUCAGCCACUCCCAAAACCUGCUCAGGGCCGUCAGCGACACACUUCAGAAGGCCAGACAAACCCUAGAAUUUUACUCUUGCACUUCUGAAGAGAUUGACCAUGAAGAUAUCACCAAAGAUAAAACCAGCACAGUGGAGGCCUGCUUACCACUGGAAUUAGCCACGAAUGAGAGUUGCCUGGCUUCCAGAGAGACCUCUUUAAUAACUCAUGGGAGUUGCCUGGCUUCCGGAAAGACCUCUUUUAUGACGACCCUGUGCCUUAGCAGCAUCUAUGAGGACUUGAAGAUGUACCAUAUGGAGUUCCAGGCCAUGAAUGCAAAGCUUCUGAUGGACCCUAAGAGGCAGAUCUUUCUGGAUCAGAACAUGCUGGUAGCCAUUGCUGAGCUGAUGCAGGCUCUGAAUGUCAGCGGUGAGACUGUGCCGCAGAAACCCUCCCUGGAAGAACCGGAUUUUUAUAAGACCAAAGUCAAGCUCUGCAUACUUCUUCACGCCUUCAGAAUUCGUGCAGUGACCAUCGACAGAAUGAUGAGCUAUCUGAAUUCUUCCUAGACAUUGGAGGUCUCUCCCAGCCUUAGUCAUUUUUAUAAAAAUCGGAACCACAGAAAUGCUAAAGGGUGUGGGUUAAGAUCUGGGGUGGGGGUGGCUGGACCUGGUCCCAUUUAGGCUGGUGCAGGAGUUCUCAUGCUUGUCUACAUCGGUCAGCAUCCCAAAUGUGAAGGGUGUGACCGUUCUACCCCCGUAAUUCCUUUGACCGAAUAUAUUUCAUAUUUCCUAGGGGUAAGUUUUUAUGAGCAAAUUACUAAGAAGGGGAAAUGUCCUCAAAGGGCAUGUUUUUCUUUUUUUUUCCUUUAAUAGAAGAACAAGAAUUUAUAAGCUAUUUCAGUACCCAAGUGUUUGUAGGAAAAAAACCACUCUAAGCAUAAUUUAUUUUAAAAUAUUUAUUUAUAUAAUUUUGUGUUCAUAAAAGCAUGUGAACUAACUUAUAUUUAUUUAUGUCAUAUUUAUUAAAAUAUUUAUUGUCAAGUGGAUUUGAGAUAUACCUUAUGUUGUUCUCAAAAUAAAACGACUGAGUUAAAGUAAUUCUCGUGUUUUUCUAAUGUGAUUGGAAUACUUUGAGUGUUAUAAUACACGUUGUGGGAAAACUAAAAACUGAUAAAAUUUGAACAGAAUCACCUUGGAAAGAAUGCAGCAAUAUCCAUACCCGUUUCCUAGUUCCUUUUAUUUUUUAAUUGUAGUUUUUUCUUCCUUUUUUUUUAAUUUGGGGGAAGGUAAUUAGGUUUAUUUAUUUAUUUAUUUAAUGGAGAUACUGGGGAUUGAACCCAGGACCUUGUGCAUGCUAAGCACACGCUCUAUCACUGAGCUAUACCCCACCCUUUUUCUAGUUCCUUCAAUCUCAUAUUUUAAAGGGAGACUCGUAAGACUUAGACCUGCCUUAAUACUGAGGCCACUGAAUGAAUUAUUUUUUGAAAGUGCACUUUAUUAUUUUUGUUCAACAUCUGAAUCUAAAAGUAAAAUCCAUAAAAAUGUUUUUCCUUAUUAACCACAGCUCCAUAACAUACUGUGCAUUAGACAAAUACAUAGU